AUGUCGGACAAGGAGUUCACCUACAGCGAUGUUGCCGCCCACAACACCAAGAAGGAUCUCUACCUCGUGAUCCACGACAAGGUUUACAAUGUUACGAGUUUCGUGGAUGAGCACCCUGGUGGUGAGGAAGUCUUGCUGGACGUUGCCGGUCAGGAUGCCACCGAGGCGUUCGAGGAUGUUGGACACAGUGACGAGGCCCGAGAGAUCUUGGACGGCCUGAAGGUCGGAACUUUGAAGAGACAGCCUGGCGACCCUGCUCCCAAGACCCAGUCUACCUCUUCAUCGUCGAAGUCUGCCUCGAGCAGCAGCGGUAGCAACACUGGUUUGGGCAUCGGCUUGUACGCGGCGCUCCUUAUCGGCGCUGCUCUGGCUUUCGGCGCCUACAAAUACCUGCAGACUGCUUCCGCGGAGCAGCAGUAA